AUGCAAGAGUUGAACGAGUCGCGCUUAGGAAAGUCGGCAAAUAUCACCUCAUAUGCACUAAAUGGCUUGGAGGGCAUUUGCACAUGGCUGACAGAUUAUCGUCAAAAUGGAUUUUCAAGCUAUCUGAUUAAUGCAAGAGAAAUUGCAGAGGAUUUAGCUACAGAACCAGUUUUUAAAGCUACACGAAUUAGAAAGAGAAGGAGAAUGUUUGAUUACGAACAAUACGAAGGAGAAGAUGUAGGAGGAAGAAAUGCCCAGGAGGAUUUCCGCAUCAACUGCUUCAACAUGACAGUGGAUACAGCAAUUGCGUCUCUUCAAAGAAGAUUUGAACAAUUAAGGAAUCAUAAUCAAAUUUUUGGAUUUAUCUACAACUUCAAGGAGUUGCCAAAGUCGGUGCUGAAGUCAUGUGUAAAGAAUUUGGAAGAUGUGUUAACACAUGGAGAAAGCCGAGAUGUCGAUGGAUACAUGCUUGCCGAGGAAAUGGACGUAUUGAAGUAUGUUUUUCCAGAUUCUGUGCAUGGAGACCUUCGUAAGAUGUUGACUUUCCUCUCCAUUAAAGGACGAUCAUUCGAUUUUCAGAGUUUAUGGAUUGCCUUAAGAAUUGCCCUCACAAUACCUGUGACAGUAGCUUCCGGAGAACGAAGUUUCUCGAAGCUGAAAUUAAUUAAAACUUACCUGCGGUCAACGAUGUGCCAAGAUCGGCUGAGGAACAUGGCCUGUGGCCAUACUCUCCAUCGAGAACAGUGUUUCUCGGGAAUGAGAUUUCAGUGA